AUAGAUAAUGACAGAUCGAAUUUGACAAUUUUAUUGUUUUUAUUUUUCCUGUCCCCAAAACUUAGAAUUUUAGCUCCUUUUCCCUAAAAAUCCUUUGUAGUGUUACGACCUGAAAACUUACCUUCUGUAUCUAUAGUUAAGAAAAUAGAAAAACAAUUAUCAUAACCUAUAACUUAUCCUACCCUAGCCUUUUUGGAUAUAUUUUGAUGGAUUAUUUUAAAUGAAAAUUAUGUCUACAAGCUAUUCCACAGCAUUGUCACACAUUGUUUUAGCUGGUACAAGCAUUUAUUGUUGUCUUCGUUCAGAAUCAAUAAUAUAUGCACAAUGUUCAUUUGCCUCUAUUAUGGUUAAUUCCUUACUGGGAGUGUGGAGAUGGGGAAACCCUGAUUAUGGACCUAAUACUGAUAAAGUGUACAAAAUAACAACACUCUUACAAGACUCAAUUGUGCUUCCAUUCAUAGUUUCAACACUAUGGAUUCAAUAUGGAUAUACUUAUGAGGUAGCCUUAGGUAACAUGAUCAUUCCUCUUAUACCUGUUAUUUCAUAUUUAGCAAAUAGCAAUUAUAGAAGCCUAGAAUUGUUAGAUGGUAUAUUAUGUUUAAAUUGCGGAGUUCUUCUGUACCUUUCCUUUACUGAAGAAAACUAUUUUGGCUUGGCAGCAGGUGUAUCUUAUUUGGUUAAUUAUUUUUGGAUAAAGAAGGGUGAUAGAAGCCAAUUUGAUAUACCUACUCAGGAUCUAUUCAACUAUGCAAUGUGCUUUUUCGCAUACUUUAGUCUGAAGGCUGUAUUGGAUUAAAUAUGGUAAUGUAUUGUUGAAUUCUGGUUUACGAUAUCAAGACUGAAGAUCUAGAAAGCUGUAAAAAAUUGAUUGCUUUUGAUAACACGAUAAAUAUGGAUUGUGAUAA